AUAAAACAAAACUCAGCUCAGUCCAAUUAUCUCCUUUUCAUAAAAGGAAAAAAAGAAUCAUCCAACCUCCAAUGCCAAAUAAUGGUCAUCAACAAAACUUGUUCGUCUCCCAUUAGAUCACCGACUUAGGUUUCUCAUUCGAAGUUAUCAAUCUCAUUCUCAACAAAAUCCCGAAUCUGGUUAUACUUAAAUCUCCGUUAUGGCAACUGUUAUUCACUUCAUACUCAUUGCUCUGUUUAUCAUUCCUACACAUAACCUUUCUCAAUCAAACGAUGAUGAUGGCUUUGUUUCAUUACUCCUAUCUGAAAAAGGUGUUAAUUUUGCCAAAGAUGUAUUAAUAGAACAAGCAAUUUCAUCUUUAGCCCCUCUUCAAUUGCCUCAAAUUAUCACAAAAUCUGUGAGAGUUCCAAUUAUUGGAAAUAUUAAUAUGGGGAUAUCUAAUAUAACAAUUUUUCAAGUAAAUGUUUCAUCUUCUUCUAUUACUCUCAACAAUAACAAUACAGGAGAAAUCUCUAUUGUUGCUUCUGGUGCUACUGCUAAUUUGAGUAUGAAUUGGUCUUAUUCUUGUCAUUCUUGGGGUUUCUUUCCUAUUCAAAUCGCUGAUAAGGGAGAAGCCUCUAUUCAGGUUGAAGGCAUGGAUGUGAAGAUUAACUUAGGCUUGGAAUAUGAAGGAGGAACUCUUAAGCUGUCUCCUUUGGAAUGCGGAUGUUUCGUGAAGGAUAUUGCUAUAAUUUUGGAUGGUGGACUCUCGUGGUUGUAUCAAGGGUUCAUUAAUGCUUUUGAAGGGAAAAUUAGAUCUGCUGUGGAGAGUACUGUUAACAAUAAAAUUAGAGAAGGAAUCCUAAAGCUCGACUCUUUACUGCAAACCCUUCCGAAAGAAGUCCCAGUUGACGAUAUUGCUUCAUUAAAUGUUACUUUAAUAAACAAGCCUUUGUUUGAAGAUUCUUCAAUUGGACUUGAGAUCAAUGGGUUGUUUACUGCAAAAAACAGCAGCAUAGUCCCAAUGUAUUACCAUAAGAACUCGCUGCCCUCGGUUGAUUCCCGUCAUCUAAGGAAGAUGCUUGGGAUUUCAUUACAUGAAGCUGUAUUUAACUCUGCCUCGGAUGUGUACUUUAAAGCAGAUUCUUUACGAUGGAUCGUGGAAAAAGUACCUGACCAGUCUUAUUUAAACACAAAUAAAUGGAGAUUUAUAGUUCCUCAACUAUACAGGAAGUACCCGAACGAUAACAUGAGGCUGAAUAUAUCUUUCGCUACUCCUCCAAUCCUUAAGAUCCACUCGGAAGAAAUUGAGGCCAACAUUUACUCCGACAUGAUAGUUGAAGUUCUUAACGAUGAUGAAAUAAUUCCCGUUGCAUGCAUCUCGGUGAUAGUUAAAGCCUCGGGUUAUGCAAAAAUCGCAGGAAACAACCUAGGUGGUCAUAUUGAUAUGGAGGAUUUUGAUCUGUCCCUAAAAUGGAGCAAAAUUGGUAAUUUCCGCAUGCAUCUGAUUGAGUCUGUGAUGAGGACGUUCAUCAAAACAGCAGCAUUGCCAUACGCAAAUUCACGACUGACAAAAGGAUUUCCUUUACCCAUAUUUCGUGGGUUCACACUUCAAAAUGCUGAUCUCAUCUAUCGCAAGUCAAAGAUCAUGAUCAGCACCGAUGUCGGUUUUACAGGUUCUUAUAAUUUGAAGUAAGUGGGCUUUCAUCUUCCUGCAUAGUGCAUUGGUGUAACAUGUAUGUCGGUCUAUGUGCUUAUUUUUUAAUUCAAUCAGACUCUUUUCUUUGUAUGGUUACUCUGUUGUACAAUAUCUGUACUGAAUUUCAUACAUCGACUGACUAUAAAUAAAGUGACUCUUAUCUUUGUAUGGUUACUUUGUUUUGUUGUA